CACAGCAGCAGCAUCAGCUCCCGCUCCAUGCACACCUCGAACCAGAGGACGUCAGGGUCUCACCGUUCCAGAUGAACCUCAACAUGGCCCCACCCCUGCACGCGGUCCUUCAGCCGACCAAUCCACCCCCAAACCCCGGUCCUUUUGGUCUUUGUGCCUUUGCAUUGACAGCCUUCUGUAUGGGUCUCUACAACAUGCAUACGGGCGUCGAUCCCCAUGCUCCUGGCAAUUUUAUCACUGGAACUGCCAUGUUCUAUGGUGGAUUUGGGCAGGUCAUUGCGGGCUUGCUCGAAUUCCGCAACGGCAAUACGUUCAGCGGAACAACCUUCUGUUCUUAUGGUCUGUACUGGGUCUCGUACGCAACGCUGCUCAUCCCUUCAUUUGGCGUUGCGGCCGCAUAUGAAGACUAUCCAGAGGACUACAUGACCGCCGUUGGGAUCUACUUGCUCGGCUGGACCAUUUUCACAUUCUUGAUGUGGACCCUCACCUGGCGCUCGAAUCUGGCCUCGACUGCCUUGUUCUUCUGCUUGGGCAUGACCUAUCUCUUCAGCGCCAUCUCGAGUCUUGCACAUCUCCAACCUGGCAAUGUGGUCCAGAAAGUAGGAGGUGGCAUGGGCUUGAUUACCUCCGGCAUCGCCUGGUACAGCGCUAUGGCUGAUCUGAGUAAUUCGCAGAACUCGUAUUAUACCCUACCCCUGGGACAAUUGGGUCGUCGUUGAAAAGAAUACCUCAGCAUAGAUAUCUUUCCUUAUAAUUACAUACCAUCCAGCUUUUUUCACCAUCUCAUUUGCUUAUACAUUCUGCUUGCAUCAACCGACCUGGAAAAUAAAUUGUUGAUCUU